AUGUCUGCGUCCGGCGGGACCACGCCGACGAUGCCGGAGGCGCCGGCGCCGGCGGGCUCCGUGCAGCCCCCGCAGCCCCUGCUGGACGAUCGGGACCUGGAGCCGCGGACGCCCAUGAAGAGGCUUGGCUCCACGAGGAAGCUAGCAGCUUUUAGCAUGUCUGUUGAGUGUUCAUGCGCUGGUCUGUUUAUAGCUGGCUCUGAAUACUGUGACGGAUAA